UCCCACCACCAGGGCUCCGAUGGCGACCCCCGUCAGCACGUUCCGCGCCUUCAACUUGUGUGUCUUCUUCUUCCACUGUUCGAGCUCCACCUGCCUGAUGAAGUGCAUCUGGUCGUUGGACAGCUUGGCCUUGGUGGGGUCUAUCCUCUCCGCGUACGGAGCGUCGGACUGCUUCGGCGUCUGGUCCGCCAUGUUUGCGUUGCCUAAGCGGUAAAGCGGGGCUUGUUUUCGCAGACUUCCAAAGCAAAGUCAUUGUGAAGAAGGUGGGCGGGUCACAUCCGGUUUGUUGUCAGAUCUGUUCCCGCACAAAGCAGCCACCGGAAGCGGAAAUGUGUGCAGCUGUAAACGUGUCCCUAACUGCAACCUGUCAGGAGUGUUGCGUUCCUGUAAAACGACACCAAUGGAAACAGCGCCAUCUUCCGCAAACACGCGUUAAAGUCACGUUUUAAAUUGAAUUCAAACUAAACACACGAAUGUUGAAUAUUAUUGAGUGACAACAAUUUACUCACUGUUGUUUGUUUUUUUGAGCACCCACAUGGCGGAGAAAGUCACGUUUAGUUGUCAAAGCGAGCCGGGCGAUAUUCAUUUUAAGUUCGGCCACGCUUCCUUUGAGGUGUUGACCGACUUUCUGACGAAUCUCAACGAGAAAAACAAAGACAACCUCAACAGUUUGUCGACAUGUUGCGGAGUGUUCAAGGAUAAAAGACUGUUUGAAUACACUUUGCUGAUAUCUCAGGAGCUGAGACUGGACCCGCUGGCCGGCUACCACGCCAUCGAAUUAGUUCAGAGGUUCCUGGUCAAGCACAUCACACGUCUGCUCAGCGAGCCGUCGCCUCAAGGGGCCUCUCAGGCCGGGGCGGGGAGCCGCGAGGACGCCAUCUUUGAGCAGCUGAAGGAGAGGUUGGCCAUGAUGGUGUUUUCCUGCGUGCAGCUGGCCAGCAAGAUGUCUCUGCACAGCCACAUUAUCGACAUCAACACGGCCGUGCGCUUCCUGCACUCGGUCGGCCUGGACGUCACCAAGCAGGCCGUGCUGGAGUCGGAGCUGAUGGUGCUGAAGGUCCUGGAGUUCCGACUGGACUGUCCCAACCCUCUCACAUACGUGGAAAUACUCCUGGAGGUUCUGGGCUUCAACGAGCCUUCCACCCCAGUGGAGCACCUGCACCACCUGUGCCGCCAUGUCCUCCAGUUGGUGAGCCUGCAGCGCAGCCACCUGUACGACGCCCUGCUGACCACCACCACGCAGACCCACAACCCCACCAGGGAGCAGAGGAAGAAGUUUGUGGCGGUGACUGAGGACUGCAUGCUCCUGGCGGUCGGCGUCAUCGCCGUGGCAACCUUCAUCCUGCACGUCAGAGAAUGGGAAGAAGUGGUGAAAGAGCUCAGCCACAUCACGGGAAUCUCCACCAGGAGCAUCAGCGAUUUCGCCCGCGUGGCCCUCAAGCUCAUCGUGGAGGGCCCUCAGACGCCGACCUGAUAAGUCUCGCCUCUCCUCCUACUGUGCACGUUAUUAGAAGCAAUAAACCCCCCUCGUCUUAGCGCUA